UCCAAUCCCCUCCCAUAUCAUGUGAUUCAGGUGUUCCAAUCCCCUCCCAAUCAUGUGAUUCAGGUGUUCCAAUCCCCUCCAUGGACACAGGUGUAUACAAUCAAGCCCCUAGGCAUGCAGACUGCUUCUACAAACAUUGGUGAAAGAAUGGGUCGCUGUCAGGAGCUCAGUGACACCAAGCGUGGUCCCGUGAUAGGUGGCCACCUGGGCAAUAAGUCCAUCCGUGACAUUUCCUGGCUACUAAAUAUUCCACGCUCAACUGUUAGUGGGAUUAUAACAAAGUAGAAGCAACUGGGAACAACAGCCACUCAGCCA